GUUUUUUUGUAUUACCUCUUCUUUUUUCUGGUGUCUGAAGUAUCCAACAAAAAAAGUUCUUUUUUAUUUUUACCAAUCAAUACUUUGUAAAAUAUACCGCAAACUAUCUUAAAACUAAAAUUAAUCGGCUAAAAUCGAGUAUUUCUCUUUCUUGGGCCAUUUCAAAAUAUUCCAUAAUUAGUUUCGAAUUUUAUUCACAAUCGUGAUAAGUGAUAAGUCUCCAUUUUAGGCUAUCUGUCAUUUCUGCAUGUACGUUGAUCGGGUGUUUGCUUUGUGUUGUGCUUCAAUAAAGUGGAUUUGAUAAGGUUUUGUCGCUAUUAAUUCAAAGUUAAGUUUAAUUAAAACUUUUUUCUUAUAUAUACGACUCCUGAACAAAAAGCUAAAGUACAUUUCAUAAGUGGAUAUGAAGAUGAAUACCAGAGUGUUUGUUGGUGGGCUUACAUAUAGGGUGAAAGAGCGCGAUUUAGAGAAGUUCUUCCGCAAGUACGGAAGAAUAAGGGAGGUCUCCAUGAAAAAUGGAUUCGCAUUCGUCGAAUUCGACGAUUACCGUGAUGCAGAGGAUGCUAUCUAUGAGCUCAACGGCAGAGAUUUGAUGGGUGAAAAGAUAUCCGUUGAAAGAGCCAGAGGCACGCCAAGAGGAAGCGACCAAUGGAAAGACAGUCGCAGAGGAGGUGGCUACCGAGGCGGUUACGGAGGUCCACCUUCUCGAAGCAGUAAUCGAGACACUCGAGAUAAAUAUGGACCACCGACCAGAACAAAAUACAGAGUGUAUGUUGAAAAUUUGUCAUCGAGAAUCAGCUGGCAGGACCUGAAAGACUACAUGAGACAAGCUGGUGAAGUUACUUUCGCCGAUGCGCAUAAGCAGAGACGUAACGAAGGGAUUGUAGAGUUUGCUUCCUACAAAGAUUUGCGAAACGUUAUCGACAAAUUAGACGGAACCGAGUUAAACGGUAGAAAGAUAAAAUUGGUCGAAGAUCGCGCAACAGCCAGCAAGAGAAGCAGGACUGUCUCGACUAGUCGUUCUCGCAGCCACAGCAGAUCUAGGAGUCGUUCUAAUAAGAGAUCGAAGUCGCGUUCGAGGAGCGAGGAAAAAGAUAGCUCGAAAUCACCAAGUGCCAAAGAUAAGAACGAUUCGAGAGACAAGUCUCGCUCGAAUUCGCGGGCCUCGUCCAAAAGCAGGUCUCGCAGUCGUUCUCCCGCUAACGAGGAGGACAAUUAAAUAUGGGAAUUAAAUACAUACACACACACAUUUCGAGAAUGGUUCGUUCAAAUUUCUAAUAUAAUAAAGUUUUGAUGUUGAAUUCGGUCUUCAUUUCAUGCAUAAAAUAUAUCGUAUCAUUCGUUGUUUUACAGUUAGGAACUUGUAUAUGAAUAAUAUAUAUUUCUUUUGUGGUAAAAUGUAAUCUGUAAUAAUUAUAGUAGGCGUUGAAUUCAUGGAAGUUUUAUGUGUGUUAGGUACUUUCAUAGAGCACAUUGUAUUUUUGGUUUGAGAUCGUUUUCGGUUUUUUUUACUUACUUUGUAAUCCGGAUAUCUUAAUAAAUUUUUUAAUUUACCAUUAUUUGUAUGCUUAAUUUUUCAAUAAAAAAUGUAUACGUAU